AUGUUGAUCAAGGAAUAUCGUAUUCUUUUGCCGUUAACGGUCGAAGAAUACCAGAUUGCCCAAUUAUAUAUGAUACAGGUAAGCAGGAACUAGAUUCCCUUUAGGUCCGUUUAGAAGAAAUCUCGGUUGGAUAGUUCUGGAGCCGGAAGUGGAGUCGAGAUUCUAACCAAUGAGCCCUACGAGGACGGACCUGGUGGAAAGGGGCAAUAUACUUUUAAGAUAUAUCACGUUGGGAACAAGAUACCAAGUAAGACAUUUUUAUUCGCUGAAUACCCCGUAAUUUUCUGAACGCUCGCUUUGAAACGUCAGAUAACACGGAAUUAAGGGAACAACAAACUGUUGAACAUAUUAUAGCAUGGAUCAGGAAUAUUCUCCCAUCGUCGGCGAUGGAGGCCCACGAAGAGGCUUGGAAUGCGUACCCGUAUACUAAGACCAGGUAUUCUUGUCCUAUGUUGGAUAGAAUCAGUGUCGAUAUGGAGACAAUUUACUGUAAUGACGCCGGAGUUCAGGACAAUGUUUUUAAUUUGAGUGAAUCCGAAUUGAAACAACGGCAAAUUGGUAAUACUAAGUCAAUCAAGGAAGUUGAUUAUUUUUCAGACGUAAUGGACUUUGUGAAUGAUCCAAUCUCAAGUCAUGAUUAUACCGCCGAGGAAGAUCCCAGACUCUAUGUGAGUCGACGGACUGGCCGAGGCCCCCUUAAAGAGAAUUGGGUUGAGGAAUGCCUGAAAGAUGGAAAGCCAAUAAUGUGUGCUUACAAAUUAUGUCGGGUCGAAUUCAGAUAUUGGGGAAUGCAGACACGGGCUGAACGGUGGAUCCACGAUCUUGCAUUUCGGGUGAGAAACACAAAAAUCGUCUUACCACAAUUCGUUCAUGAUAUCAGUCUGUCGGGAAGAUAACGGCGGGUCGUCGCAGCAAAAUGUUUCGCCUCGUCGAAAAAAGAUGCAGUCGCGCACCAAUCGCCCAUCAUCGCUUUGCAACGGCAAAACAGUUGCGGAAUUUAUGCCGUUGCAAAGCGGUGAUGAGCGAUUCCAAGGACCCGCCACUAUACUUUCCCGACAUACUGAUAUACUAAUCGCGCUCAAAAGCCGACAAUCCGCACUGUGCAUUUUUCUGAAUUUGCCGCGGCAACUUCCCGUUUUUGCACUUAGGGACGUGCAUUUUUUCGCGCGACAACCCGAAUUUUUGUGCGCGAUGUCGGCGACAAAUUGUCCGGACUGAGUAAUGUUUGGACCUAAUUUUGAUUUUUUUCCAUGUAGUCAUAAAAUACUUGUCUUUAUAGCGUACUCUUCUAACCGCCCAUCGGCAAGCUUGGGCGUGGCAGGAUGAAUGGGUCGGCUUGACUAUUGCUGACAUCCGGGCUCUCGAACAAGAAGUUGCCGCCUAUCUUUCGCAGGUUAUGCAGCCGGCCGAGGAAAAUGUUCAUGAUCGCACAGACUCGGAUGAGGACGACAAUUCAUCCGAUGUCUUCUUCGAUUGUUGUGAUCAGAGUCCGCCCUGCUCGAACAAACCUUCUCUGAUUCGAUGGAGUUCAGAGUUGUUGGUGGGGGAAAGCGAUGAGAGUCCGCCCCAUACCCCGCGUCCUGAUCCCAAUUCCUCACUUCUUAUCCUUGUUUUUCAUGGUGACAUAUAUCCGGAGGUGAGUGAUCGUAGCCUUCGUUAUGUACUUUAAUCAUUAUCUGCGGGGAGAUACACUUGCAAUAAGGUUGGAGGCUCCCAUUGAACCCCACUGUAGCAACAGUUUUUAUUUUAGUCGCCGGCCGACUCCAAAACAACGGAUGCAAAUACAUUAAAAUCGACCCUCGAUACUCUCAUCACCGGGCAUUAUCCCCAGCUUAAGGGCCGAGUUUAUGUGCAGAGGGUUACCUGUGGCCAAGAGCUGUGUCAGACAGUCUCAUCUUUGAAUGGGAUCUGUCCAUCUUUUGGGUCAUUUCAUCCUUCGUUGGCUCUUUUAUUAGCUUCAAGUCAACCAGCAUUCUUUGAUGUAAGGAGAUUUUUCUAUUUUAAUUUUCUCAGGCAGUCAAUGCUACAAUUACUCGGGCUAAUCAAGUCGUGGAUGAAUUUUACAAUUGUGAAGCUGGACAUAACUUUAAUGGAGAGAUAUUUGCAAUCGGGGAUUGUAUUGGAGGCAUUCUUAUGUACGAGGCAUUACUCAAGCAAUCCAAAUUUCACCUUCCGAUCUCACGACAUUCCUCUUCGGUCUCCACGCACUCGAAAGGCGCCAUUCCAGAAGGUCUAGAGACUGACGUAAGUUAUGCGUAAUCAUCGUUUUAUAAUAUCCUUAGAAUAAAGAGUCAUCUGCGUCUCAAGGAGAACUUAAUGAGACCCGUACCGAGACUUACCAUCAAGAUCAUGGUAACCAAAGAAGCUUUAUCAGGAAUUUGUCGGCCCCGCCAUCAGCUUCAUUUAACCGAAAGAAGAUGUCCAUUUCUUCAAUGGACACUGCUGACUUUACAGUACCAACUUUUUACACGGCCUCGCUGUCAUUCAGACCUACAACAGCCUUUCUUUUAGGAUGUCCAUUAGCUUUAAUUCUAGCUCAACGAAAAAUGCAUGGAAAAGGUAAGGGCGUAGACAGAGAGCGUUAAGUCUGUAGAUGUGGGUGCUCUGGAAUGUAACCAAUUGUUCAACUUGUUCUACUCUCUGGAUACGUGUGGUGCUCGACUGGAGCCAGUCCUUAAUCCUCAGCUCUCUCUCUUACCCUGUCUGACUGUGCCUCGGUAUCAACGAUAUCCAUUGGGGGAUGGCCGACAUAUCCUAUUUGAUAAUGCCCUCGAGACGUCUAUGUUGUGGGGUUCGAGGAGAGUUGAUCAUGAACUCUACUGCCCACCAGAUAUGAUUGCAGUCGCAGCCUCGGCCCUCCCUAACAUAUUGCAUGCCUCUUAUUGGGAGAGUAAGGACGUCGGGGCCUUCAUCUUGAGACAAUUUGUGAGAAGCGAAGACAAUCACAUAUUUGCUGCUUUCUCGACCAAUGCUGCAUCGAUGAGUCCUUUGAAUGUAGAUCUCCCAAAUCCUGUCUGGUCUCGUAGGAGAACACGGUUUAAGGUAAAUUAAAGGGCGUUUGUUCUACAUACUCUCAGGUUGCCAAUCUAUCUCCAAAUCAUCGGGCGAAUGAUCUGAUCACGAUAGAAGGACUGGAACAAGUUAUUAAUGCCCGUUUUUGUUAUGGUCCUAUGGAUCUUGUAGCCCUAUCAAGGGAGGACGUUGUUAUUUAUGUGUGUCCGUAUGGCGGGGAUUGGUAUGAGCACAGUACCGGGACUACUGAUUCCCAUGGCCGUCUUGUGGUCAACAUGAAUAAUUCUAAAUUACCUGUUGGCAUUCAUUCAGUGAAAAUGAUUGUUAAAGGAGACCAUUCCUUCCUCAACAUGUAUAUAGCAAUUGUACCUCCGAAGACUCCUUGUGUUGUGUUUAGCAUUGACGGAAGUCUGACAGCCUCGGUCUCAGUGACUGGACGAGAUCCUAGAGUCCGCCCAGGAGCUGUCGAUGUUGUUAGAUUCUGGCAACAGAAGGUAAUUAGUUAAUCACUAACUUUGAAUUACUCCCCCUAGGGCUACAUUAUCAUUUACGUGACUGCUCGUCCGGACAUGCAACAACGAGUUGUUGGUUCCUGGUUGGCGCAGCAUAAUUUCCCUCAUGGCCUGCUCUUUUUCACUCCAUCUAUAUCUACGGAUCCCUUACGGUGAGAUUUAAAGGAAGGAAAGGUUAGAAAAUCAUCAUUGCAGGUACAAAACACAGCAUCUCCGUCAUCUGGUGGACAUGGGUGUUAAAGUACAGGCAGCUUAUGGAAGUGGAAAGGAUAUUGGGGUUUAUUCGGCCGCCGGGAUCGAUGGCGAUCAUAUUUUCAAAGUCCACGGUAAUAAGAGGCGAGGAUGCAUAAGUCUGGAAGAUGGCUAUGUGCAACAUUUGCACGACCUCCAUUCAGGUCGCAUACCCAUCGCUCAGACUGUGUCUUCGAACUCGGCGCUGGUGAUCGAGAACAACUUCUUCACUGCUCUUCCGCAGCAGUCAAGGUCCGUUGUUUGUCGAUCAAGACCUCUCUUCAGGAAUUAUGUCCAAAGAACGCAUUCAUUCACACCCCGGAGUGGAAAAUAUGGCAGCUUCAAUCACCAAAACAAGAAGAGCAGUCAGAGUUCCAUCUCCACCCGAUAA